GUACGUAUACACGUACGUAAUGUGCGAGAAAAUUACAUGUGUAUAGAAAUCGGGUAGAAGAGGACUCUACUGCAAUUCCAGGAAAUCCAUGGUUUACAACUAUAUAAUCCAAGAUGAUUCGAUCGCUCACAAUAAGAUGCUUUUACAGGUAUGAAAGGUACACAUCUCAGAUAUUAUUUAUGGGUUUCUCAGCAACGAGGAUAGCUUAUUGAUGAUAUUAUAUCAUUGCCAUUAUCAGCUCUACAAAGAUUUCUAAAAUGGCUCAAAGUGCUGCUCUGUUAACACGCAUAGUAGCAUCCUCUGUAUCUGCAACAGUACAGGCUGGUAAAAUAAUUCGAGAUGUUUUAAGUAAAGGUGGAUUAAAUAUUGUGGAAAAAGGCAAGAAUGAUUUGCAAACGGAGGCAGAUCGUUGCGCUCAACGAUGUAUCAUAACUUCGCUCAGUCGUCAAUUUCCAAAUAUUACAAUUAUUGGUGAGGAAGAGCCGUCUAGCUGCGAGGUACCAUCAGAAUGGAUUAUCACAGAAGCGGAUCCAGAAGUAUUGCAAUUGAAUCUACCAACUCAUUUGGAGGACGUUAAUCCUAAGGACGUGUGUGUUUGGGUAGAUCCUCUGGAUGGUACAGCGGAAUAUACGCAAGGACUAGUGGAACAUGUUACAGUGUUAGUCGGAGUGGCAAUUGGCAAAACAGCAAUUGGAGGUGUGAUACAUCAACCUUAUUACAAGAAUGACGAAAACGGCAUGUACAUUGAAAACGGCCGUACAUUAUGGGGUAUUGAUGGCGUGGGAUUUGGAGGAUUUACGCCAAAGUCGCCUCCAGAGGGGAAAAGAAUAAUCACGACCACUCGUUCGCAUUCCGACAGCAUUGUUCAAAAUGCUAUAAAAUCGUUGGAGCCUGACGAAGUGACUCAUGUUGGUGGUGCUGGGCACAAGGUAAUUCUUUUGUUGGAAGGAAAAGCUCACGCAUACGUGUUUGCCAGUCGCGGAUGCAAGAGAUGGGACACUUGCGCGCCCGAAGCCGUUCUUCAUGCAGUCGGUGGUAUUUUAACCGAUCUUCACGGUGAACGUUAUUCUUAUAAUCGGGAAACGACACAUGUAAAUAUGAGGGGUAUUCUUGCCACUGCACCUGGCCAAUCGCAUCAAUGGUAUUUAAGUCGUAUACCUGAUGAAGUAAAACAAAAGCUACAAUAAAGAACCCUUUACAUUUUUAAUUGAUCCAAUGAAUAACUUAUUUAAAUAAAAGAACAUUGAAUAUUAUUAUAUUUAAUCACGAUGGCCAUACAUCUGUGCAUGCAUCUUCUGAAAGUUUUAAUCAUUGUCCUUUGUAUGAAAUAUAAACAUUAAAAUUA